AAUCUAGCAAGCUUAUGGAUAUAAAAGCUUAUGUUCUUAUCAUAUUUUCUGACCUCUCAUCCCUAAAUAUCUUCUGGUAAUCAAUUCUUUAUAUGGAGUAUCGUAAGAAGAGUGUAGGCCAGGCGAAGUCUGAGUAAACCUAAACUGGAAGUUGUUAACUCUAUGCCUAUCGUGUUGGAAGUGUUCCCAAGUGUUCUAUUUGACACUUGACGUUACGAAUUAUCGAAUAUUUUCUAAGGUUUCUUUGGUACAAAAAUGGUGUAAAGAUUAAGUGUUUUAAAAGAAGAUGGGCAAAACGGGGAAAGUGGCUUGCCCAGGAGGCGGCUUAUACGUUGUCGAAGGUGAACUCUGCCUCCUGGUGACGGCUAUGAGACGAGGCGCUCGAUGGUCCGCUCACUCCCACCAGGAUGACGAUCAAGAUGCUCUUAUAAAAGGAUUAUUUACUUUGAAAGAAGCACUAAACGAAGCGAAAGAUUUAUCCUACUUAGAACCAGCAGUAUUUUUGGCUCCUUUCCUUGAAAUUAUAAGAUCUGAAGAAACAACUGGACCUGUUACAAGUCUCGCAUUGUCAGCUGUUAACAAGCUGAUAUCUUACGGUCUUAUUGAUUCCGAUCACCCUGCAAUAGCACACUGUGUAGAAGCUGUUGCUGACGCUGUUACGCAUGCAAGGUUCGUUGGAACAGAUGCCUCAGGAGAUGGAGUUGUUUUAAUGAGAAUACUUCAAGUUUUGAGAGCUCUAAUGUUAUCACCUGCGGGAGAUUACCUCUCUAAUGAGAGCAUUUGUGAAAUUAUGCUCAGUUGCUUUAGAAUAUGCUUCGAAACUCGUCUUAGUGAGUUGCUAAGAAGAACUGCAGAACAUUGUCUCAGGGAUAUGGUGCAACAUCUUUUUACUCGUUUACCACAUUUUGUAGAUGAUACAAGAGUUUUACUAAAUAUGAAAAAAAUGAGGACGAAUAGUAUGGAAAAUACUCGCAGUAAAAAUAGAAAAAAUAAAAGUUACACCAAACAGAAGUUGAAACAAAAUACGGACAGCUUGAGCGAUACCGAAAGUCACGUACCAAGUCCACCUGAUAGAAUUAGAUCGAAUAAUUUAACAACGCCUGUUAGUAGUCCUACAGGAAUUAUCGUUGAUAUGCAGGGAUCUUUAGAUCACUGUGUUAAUGAGAAAGCAGAGGAGGAAAAGCAUGAUAACAAGGAUCAUAAUAAGAAAGAUGUGAGUGAGAGAACUGAAACCGCUAAGCAGGAAGAUGCAAAAGAAAAAGAUGUAAAGAAUGUGCAAGAGAGUAAACAAAGUGACGAAACGGAAGACAAGGCAAGCGUUGUCAGUGAAGAAGAUCAAGUUUUGAGAAGAGAAGAUAAGAGCGCAGAGAAUGUAGGAAUAGGUGAACAAAAUCAAACUAAGGGAAUAAAUUUAUCGAAAGUUGAAAAUCAAGAAAAUCUUACAAAAACGAUCGAAGAUGAGAAAAAUAUAGAUUUAAUAAAGUCUCCAGCAGGAAGUGUAGAAGAUUUAUCACUAGACGAAAGUACAAGUAGCGUAUGCAAGAAAUCUAAAGUUAAAGAUUCUGAACAAGUCGAAGAAUACAUAAAUGCCCAAGGAGUCCGUUUUAUGCCGCAUCAGCAAUUAGCACCGUAUGGUGCCCUGUGUGUACGUGAAUUAUUUAGGUUUCUCGUAUCUCUGUGCUGUCCCCUGGAUAAACAAAAUAACGACAUUAUGACUCAGCUUGGACUCAAUUUAUUACAAGUAGCUUUAGAAAUUGCUGCUGAUUAUCUGUCCAAUUUCCCGUCAUUACUGGCACUUGUGAGAGAUGAUCUGUGUAGAAAUCUUAUAUUGCUUCUAGGUUCAGAUCGAUUAUCGAUUCUCGCACUGGAUUUACAAGUAUCAUUCUUGUUAUUCGAGUCGCAAAGAGAGCACUUAAAAUUUCAAAUGGAACAUUACAUAAACAAACUGACGGAAAUAGUAAGUUCCGAUUCGAAUCGGAUAUCAUAUGAACAACGUGAAUUAGCUCUUGAGGCUAUUGUGCGGCUAUGGAGGAUACCCGGUUUACCAGCAGAAUUGUAUUUGAAUUAUGAUUGUGAUUUAUAUUCGACAAAUCUAUACGAAGAAUUGAUGAAGCUUUUGUCAAAGAAUGCUUCUGCGUUAAUGGGUAAUAUGCACAGUAUGCAAUUCAUUUCUUUGGACGCUAUAAUCUCUCUAAUUUCUGGAAUGGAGAUCAGAUGCAAAGGCGAAAAAGAAAUGUGGAAACCGUCUCGACACGACGCGUCACCAAAGCUUCCAACACGAGAAGAGUUACUCGCCAUAAGAGCAAAUAAACGGUGGUUGGUGCUCGGUACUGAAAAAUUCAAUGAAAAUCCGCGCGAAGGCAUUGCAAAGCUCACGGAACAUGGUCUUCUGGGUGGAACUCCUGGAAAUCCUGAUCCGGAGAAAAUAGCAAAAUUUUUAAAAGAAAACCCUGGCCUCGACAAGAAAGCUAUCGGAGAAUAUAUCAGUAAAAAAGAGAACAAAAGUGUUUUAAACUGUUUCGUGCACCGUUUUGAUUUAAAAAAUACGCGUAUCGACCAGGCUUUGCGACUUUAUUUAGAAUCAUUCAGGCUUCCUGGCGAAGCCCCACUUAUUUCUUUGCUGCUUGAGAAGUUUGCCGAUCAUUGGCAUGAUAGUAAUGGUAGGCCGUUUUCUUCGGCGGACGCUGCAUUUACUUUAGCGUAUGCUGUGAUCAUGUUGAACGUCGAUCAACAUAACUAUAACGUGAAACGACAAAAUAAUCCUAUGACUUGCGAUGAAUUCAAAAGGAAUCUAAAAAAGGUGAACGGUGGUGCUGAUUUCGACCAAGAAAUGCUCGACGAAAUAUAUGCCUCUAUUAAAGGUGAGGAAAUCGUGAUGCCUGCUGAACAGACCGGUUUGGUAAAGGAUAAUUACUUAUGGAAAGUCCUAUUACGAAGAGGUAUCGGGCCGGAAAGUUACUAUCUGAAAGUUGGGAAUGCCGGUGAAUUCGUAGAUAAGGAAUUAGCCGAACUAGCAUGGGCACCUAUCAUAAGUGCACUUUGCAGAGCAUACGACAAAGCGCCCGAUAGAGCAUUGCAACGUCGAGUUGCCGAAACUUUUCUCAGGUGCGCUUCUAUCAGUGCUCAUUACGGGAUGAGCAGUGAUUUGGAUACUCUGAUAGUAAGUUUAUGCAAGUUUACUGGACUUGCGACCGGUGGCGAACCCGAUCAAGUGGUUUUACACUUGGGCAGAAGUGGUGAAUGUCAAUUAGCUGCACGUACGCUUUUUAAAAUUACUCAUAUACAUGGGAACGCGGUACGAGCUUCAUGGAAGAAUAUUAUCGAUUGCCUGCAAUCGUUGUACAAAGCAAAAUUGUUACCAAAGAGCUUGACCGAGGGAGAAGAUUUUAUCGACCCAUCAGGGAAGAUAUCAUUGAUUCGAGAAUCCAAUACACCUAAGCCCGCACCUGUAGACCAGGGUAUAUUAUCUAGCUUAUAUUCGUACAUCGCUAUGGACACUUCACGCAUGUCCCAUCCGGCGGAGACAAUUGCAAGAAAACGAGCCACGGAAUUCGUCGCAAAUUGUUAUUUGAGACAGGUGAUCGAGGAAAGCAAAUUCCUGCAAGUCGAAUCGCUCCGCUCUCUGGUCGGAGCUCUGGUUUUUACAAACUACUACGACGAGGACGUUUCGGUAUUCCUGUUGGAACUUCUACUGGAAGUAACCAUUCAAAAUCGUGACAGAGUAGCGUGCAUUUGGCCAAUAGUGCAAGCCCAUUUAGACGGAUUAUUAACGACAGCAGCGCGCGAAAAUCAGCCAUAUCUUUUGGAACGUGUAGCAGUUGGAAUGUUGAGAUUAGCGAUCCGCUUGUUACGCGGAGAGGAAUGUGCGUGCACCGCCUUACCGCCUUUGUUACCGUUGGCGCAUUUGCCUUCUGCUACGACUCCCCCACUGUCUAGACAAAUCGCCUACGGUCUAUUCGAACUACUUAAGACCGGUGCCGCGAAUAUUCAUAGUACAGAAGAUUGGAAGGUAGUGUUCAGUUUGUUGGAAUGUGCAGGCGCCGGUGCGCUGCUACCGAAGCAGUCGAAUACUGUGCUGGAUGAAGCGGCCAAUUUGUCGGUGUUGGAUCCUAGACCGAUCAGUCCUGUACCGGAAUGGGCACUCGUGUCUCCAACAGGAACCGAAGCGCCGUUGCCCGUAGCCGCAGACACGAUCAUUUUGGAUCGCGAUUUGCAUCCCCACGAUCCCGCCGCUCUCAUCAAGUGCUGCGAGAGCUUGACGUUUCUAGUCAGAGAUGUAGCGCACGUGACACCGUUCAAUUUCGAGUUGUGUAUUCGCUGCGUGAGAACAUUUGCCGAAGCGGUUCUUCAGUGUUCAGGGAAGAGAAAUAAAGUGCACAGUGGGACGAAAGAAUCUGAAACUACUACUACCGCUUACCAGCAGAGUCCGAUACAGUUGUUAGAUCUGAUGCACACUCUUCAUACUAGAACUGCUCAAGUGUUUCGAUGGUGGGCUGAAGAGGGUAACGCUACAGAGAGCGUAUCAUUAUGGCCGCAAGCUUGGAGACCACUGCUACAAGGAAUCGCGAGGCUGUGUUGUGAUGCUCGUAGGCAAGUGCGCACGGCAGCAAUAACAUAUCUUCAGAGUACUCUGCUUGCUCAUGAUCUGGCUCAAUUAUCGGCGGUAGAAUGGUCUCAAUGUCUAGAACAAGUUCUGUUCCCUCUGCUGGCUCAACUACUAGGUCCGAUAGCAUCGAACGAUCCCAUCGGCGUGGAAGAGACUAGAGUCAGAGCAGCGAUGCUAUUAUCCAAAGUGUUUCUUCAUCAUCUAAACCCGUUACUGACCCUUCCUGGAUUCUUACCGCUCUGGCUGACUGUUUUAAGUCUGCUGCGCGCCUACAUGCACGCCGAUAACAGCGAGCUCCUCUUCGAGGCCAUACCGGAAUCGUUAAAGAACAUGUUGUUAGUCAUGUCUUCCGCUAACGUGUUGGCUCCGAGCUCGAAUCUGUGGGCUCCGACAUGGAGAACGAUCGACGCAUUCCUACCUGAUUUAAGAGAAGAAUUAUUCCCAGAACCGCCAGUCGUCAGCUCGCCACCGUCCUCGCCGCAAUCUCCAAAACAGCAAGCGCAGCAAACUACGCAAGUAAUUAGUUUGGUGGAGCAACAGCAGCCUUCGUUCUCCGGAUCCAUAGCUCCACCUCAACCCACUCCACUCGAGAAUACGUCGGUCGUUAACGAAGCCAACGAAUUGGGGAAUACAUCCUCUUCUUUGGAACCUACAAAUCUGGGUAAUGCGACGGUUCCGUUAACUUCGACACCUGUCGUCGUUGUUCCGCCUAUAGCUGCUAGUGAAUUGCCGCAGAUAAUUACAUUAGUCGAUCAGGAGCAUCCGAACAUACCUAACUCGGCGUACACAAGGGUAUGCCGUGUAAUAGAACCGCACAAUACUUGUCAUCCUGCUACUGAUAAUCAAUCGGAGCAGCAUUGUCAGGAAGAGUACCAUGAACGAUCACAGCUAAUUGUAAGCGCGAACGACGAAUUGGAACAUAUUACACAAUCAAACGGACACGAGGAGUGGAGGAAGCAACAACAAUAUCAGCAAACCGCGUUACACUCAUCGUAUGAGCAAGAGGCGGAGAACGUUGGAACACCAAAUUCUUCGCAGACGAUGACUGUUGAUUCCGCAACAGCGACAAUAUUUAAUUCCGCAGCGUAUUUUAGCGAAGAUCCGGCGGCAGAUCGACUGUUCGUCGUCGCUAAUCCUUGACCACUGUAUAUUCACCGCACAUACCGUAUCAUUGUUUUAUCGGGAGAGACAUUUUUGGAUAAAGGUUUAGCGAAAUGGAAACUAAUAGAUAGAUGGACCGUAGAUGAUCUUCUGGCUUCUUGUAUAUUCGCCAUUAGGAUAUAUUAAUAAUAAUAGCGUGUAAAGAUCCAUUCGAUAUUAUUAUUAUUAAUAUACUUAAGUAGAUAUUACAUACACAUUAUAUGCGUAAAAUAAUAUAUAUAUAAAUGAGAAGAGCGGCUGGUCUCCGCUUUAUGCAUCAAUGCACUUCAUAAGCGGAGAGUUUAUUCUCGUGCUUCUUUCCUUCUUUUUGUUCAUCCUAUAUGUACAUACGGAUAUAAAAAGCUAGAGAUUCAUAA